ACCACCUACUCCUGAAUGUCCAAGGAGGUGGUCACUGACUUCAGGAGGAAGAGGACACGAGUGGAGCCCAUCACCAUCCAGGCUCUGGAGGUGGAAGUAGUGGAUCGCUACAAGUACAUGGGAGUCUACAUGAGCAACAGGCUGGACUGGAGGGACAAGAGUGAUGCUGUGGACAAGAAGGCCCUGAGUAGACUCUGGUCUUUCGAUGUGUGCGUUGUGACGUGUCCGUGCAGUCCUCCCUAUAUAAAUCACUCCCGUGGUCCUAAGAGGUUACCAGUGCUGGACUCGACCAUGCAUACCUUGUCUUUCGUGAGUGUUCUGGGCCUCUUCGCCAUCUUUCAGGUGCCCGGCACUUUGGCAGAAGAUGGCAUUGCCCUGACCCCCACUUUUUCAGAGAAGACUGAGAUCGUGGACAAGCAUAAUGACCUGAGGAGGAGCGUCCAGCCUACUGCUAGCAACAUGUUGAAAAUGAACUGGAACAGUGAGGCUGCAAAAAAUGCUCAGGUUUGGGCCAACACCUGCUCCAUGGGUCACAGCCCUGAAAGCUCCAGAAAGAUCAGCACCAGCGGCUGUGGGGAGAAUCUCUACAUGUCCAGCUCCAGGGACACCUGGACCAGCGCCAUCCAGGACUGGUACGACGAGGUGAAGGACUGGCAGUACGGAGUCGGGUCUGUGAACGGAGGAGUGGUCGGACACUUCACCCAGGUUGUUUGGUACAGGUCUAACCAGGUUGGCUGCGCAUUGGCCUACUGCCCCAACUCUACGUACAAGUACUUCUACGUCUGCCACUACUGCCCCCCUGGGAACUACCAGUACACUCACCCCUACACCAGCGGACCCUCCUGCGGCGACUGCCCCCACGCCUGCGACGACAAACUGUGCACCAACCCCUGUCCUUACACCGAUCAGUACAGCAACUGUCCCGAUCUGAAGAACCAAUGGGGCUGCAGCAACUCGGACGUGGCCUCAUGGUGUCCCGCCUCCUGCAAGUGCACCGACCAGAUCAUCUAAACCCCACGUACACGUCCACAUGUGCGUCAGACGGUCUAAAUAAAGAAACAGCGUUAUAAAUGAAA